AAUAAAACAGACAUGUAGCUAGCCACCGGGAAAUGCCAGCCUAGCUUAACGGUCGAAGAAGUGUUUUUCCCCACACCACCCUGAUCCAUAGAGGUCCAUUAGUCCAAAAUGACGUACAGAAGAGACAGGAGUUUACGAGAGGUGUACGAUGAACGCUUUUUAACGGAGAGACCGGGUCCAUACCCACGUCCAGCUGGGGCAAUGGAGAGGAGGGGCCCCUUUGGCAGGCCAGAGGAAGACUACGGCCGCGGUGGGUACGAAUAUGAAGGAGGUCAACGCUUUUUCCCGAACGGAGGAGGCCCAGCGCGGAAUUAUCACGAAGAUCAGAGGGGCUACCAUGGUGACAACAUUCAUUUCCCCGCUGAACGCAGAGCUGUUCCACCGUCAAGGAGGGAGGACUAUCCCUACAGAGUACCCAGGGAAGACCCACACACAGGACGGCCUAUGGAGUUUGGUGCCCGUGCACCACCACCACCUCCUCACAACGUGCGUAACCAGGGCAUCUACCCAGCGCCCAGAUCGCUUCCGGAGAGCGGGGAAGACACGUUGGUGCAAGCCAUCCUCAACCUGGACAGAGGAGAGGACCGAGACCACUUCAGGAGAAAGGCAGCCCCGUUCCCUCCACUCAGAGAGCGCUCUCCGGUGCGCCGCGAGGUGGCCCGCUCCCCCCACAGUCGCUCCGGCUCCAGCGUCAGCAGCAGAGGCUACUCACCAGACAGAGCCAAGGGCCUGCCAUUUCCCUCACAGCAAGGCAAGAGUGUGGACGGUCCAGAGGGUCACGCAGGUGUUUCUGAGCACCUUUGGGGGGCGCUCUUUCCUCAACAGAGUGGACAUGAAACUUUGGGGUAUGAAGAGAGUUAUUCUCAGAGCAAGACGACUGACAAAAUUCCCGGCCUGUCAAGAGAAGGGUCCCCACAUAGCGCAACCUCAAAUAAGGAGGAGAACCUUCCUCCAGAAGGAAUCAAAGAUGAGACGCUGGCGGCGCUAGUCGUGGAGGAGAGCCAAAAGUCGUCUGCAGACAACUUUGAACAGCGACGAGCCCUGGCCAUCACAGCCAAAGCUCAGGAGAUAGAGAAGGUGUACCGGCAGGACUGUGAGACAUUUGGCAUGGUGGUAAAGAUGCUAGUGGCGAAAGACCCCAACCUGGAGAAGCAGCUGCAGGUUCCCCUCAGGGAGAAUCUCGGGGAGAUCCGCGAACGUUGCCUUGAUGACCUCAAACACUUCAUCAGCAGUCUGGACGACGUGGUCCGGCAGCCAGAACCUUCUGUCUGUGACUUGCCCACCCCAUCGAUGGCCCUGACGGGUCAUAAACUUUCAAAGACAGGAGUAAACCACAGCUCAUCUUACUGACACAUCGGCCAUCUGCUCUUUGUGAGACUGAGCGCGGUCAGAAUUGACUGCUGAACACG